CAUUCUUUUGUCUCCCUCCUUAUACAUGCAGCUUAUAAAAGCCAGCCAUUGAUCUUUUAAUUCUUCAUCAUCACAGUUCAAAACAUUUCUCUGUUAUCUCUUUAGCUAACUAUUCUUGCACUAGCUUUGAGAUCAAGAUGGCUAAAUCACUUGCCCUCUUUCUUAUAUUCAAUAUCCUUUUCUUCACAGUAGUGAGUGCAUGCAGCACUUGCCCAGGCCCUAAACCUAAACCUAAACCAAAGCCAAAGCCAUGCCCCCCUCCUACUUCUUCUCAUUCUCAAGGUGGCAAAUGCCCAACUGAUGCCUUAAAACUAGGCGUUUGUGCUAAUGUGCUUAACGGUUUGCUGAAUGUUACCCUGGGAACUCCUCCAGUAAAACCAUGCUGCAGUCUUAUUGGAAAUCUUGUGGAUUUGGAGGCUGCUGUCUGCCUUUGCACUGCCCUUAAGGCUAACAUUUUGGGCAUCAACCUUAAUCUCCCUAUUUCCCUUAACUUACUGCUCAAUGUUUGCAGUAAGAAGGCUCCAAAGGGAUUCACUUGUCCCUAAAUGGUUCUCUCACUUUUCGUUUUUCUUCUGAAGUUGGUUUUUGAUUUUCAUUUGAUUAGCAGUUUGUGAUGUUCGAUUUAGCUCCUGCAUUAAACUUCUCGUUAGGUGCAAGGUUGUGGUUUAUUUUGGAUUGCUCAUUGUUGGAAAGCGCUUUUGUAAGGCCAAUUGUUUGUGUGCCCUUUGGAAAUAAAUAUAUUUCUUGGUAUGAUUUUUGUGCAGUA